ACACACACAAAGCACCACUCUCCCCUCGUGGUCCCCCCACGCCCCUCCCGCCAUCCCGCCGCUGCGGGACCAUGGGAUGCCGGCAAAGCUCGGAGGAAAAGGAGGCGGCCCGGCGGUCCCGGCGGAUUGACCGCCACCUGCGCUCGGAGAGCCAGAGGCAGCGGCGCGAGAUCAAGCUGCUGCUGCUGGGCACCAGCAACUCGGGCAAGAGCACCAUCGUGAAGCAGAUGAAGAUCAUCCACAGCGGCGGCUUCAACCUGGACGCCUGCCAGGAGUACCGGCCGCUCAUCAUCUACAACGCCAUCGACUCGCUGACGCGCAUCAUCCGCGCGCUGGCCGCCCUGCGCAUGGACUUCCACAACCCCGACCGCGCCUACGACGCCGUGCAGCUGUUCGCGCUGACCGGGCCGGCCGAGAGCAAGGGCGAGAUCACGCCCGAGCUGCUGGGCGUCAUGCGGCGGCUGUGGGCCGACCCGGGCGCGCAGGCCUGCUUCGGCCGCUCCAGCGAGUACCACCUGGAGGACAACGCCGCCUACUACCUGAACGACCUGGAGCGCAUCGCCGCGCCCGACUACAUCCCCACCGUGGAGGACAUCCUGCGCUCCCGGGACAUGACCACGGGCAUCGUGGAGAACAAGUUCACCUUCAAGGAGCUCACUUUCAAGAUGGUGGACGUGGGCGGCCAGCGCUCUGAGCGCAAAAAGUGGAUCCACUGCUUCGAAGGCGUCACCGCCAUCAUCUUCUGCGUCGAGCUCAGUGGCUAUGACCUCAAGCUCUACGAAGACAACCAGACGAGCCGGAUGGCUGAGAGCCUGCGCCUCUUCGACUCCAUCUGCAACAACAACUGGUUCACCAGCACGUCCCUCAUCCUCUUCCUCAACAAGAAGGACUUGCUGGCAGAGAAGAUCCGCCGCAUCCCGCUCACCGUCUGCUUCCCAGAGUACCGCGGGCAGAACACCUACGAGGAGGCGGCCGUCUACAUCCAGCGGCAGUUCGAGGACCUGAACCGCAACAAGGAGACCAAGGAGAUCUACUCCCACUUCACCUGCGCCACAGAUACCAGCAACAUCCAGUUCGUGUUCGACGCCGUGACCGACGUCAUCAUCCAGAACAACCUCAAAUACAUCGGGCUCUGCUGAGGGCUGCCGGCCUGCCGGACCCAGGCCCUGGCUGUCCUCCUGGACCGACGGCGGGAGGGAUGCCGGCUGGGGAGACACACACACACACACACACACACACACACACACACACACACACGCACCCUUUGGAGAUGUUCCCUGCUGUGGGCGGCUCAUCCUGGGCCAGCCAGCAUCCAGACUACUGAUGACAAGCUGCUGGCUCCAGCCUGCAUUCCAGACUGGCUAUCUCGCAGCUGACCGGGAGAGGGGCCCUGAGGAAGGGUCCUUCGCCCUCCUGGCGCGCCACACACACACACACACACACACACACAUACACACUCACACAAGUGUGCACCACCCCACCUUGCUCAGGGCCCACGGCCUCCAGAGCCAGGGUUUGAGGCCGGCCCCAGCCCGCACUCCGCUCCUCGUGCACACCUUCACAAUAUGCAGCAAAAACCAACAUGACAAAAAACGGGACCAUUCUUCCAACCCAGGCCGUCGGGGGGGAGGGGGCCCAGCUCUUCUACUUGUCUGACGUUUUAUAAGUGACACCUGGUUUCUCUUCUCUGAGGUCCGCCUUUGUUUUGUUCUGUUCCGUUCUUCUGGGCGAAAUUUCGCAGUGUUUCGCAGAAAAGGGAAAAAAAAAAAAAAAAAAAAAAAAAAAAAACAUACUCAAAGGCAAAUUUCCAAUGCAGUUGAAUAUUCUUUUUUAAAUGUAGAUUUUAUGAACCUUUUUUUUUUUUUUUCCCCUGGUGGCCCUUUUUUGUCUGGCUUGCUGAGUGUCCAAGUUGUUUUUCCGAUGACCCUGUCCCUCUUGCUCUGGCGCCCGGGUGGAUGUGACCUGUGGGGCCAGCUGGGGCCUCGGGGACAUACUGUACAGACCCGGCCCCCGAGGAGCCUCCAGGCUAGCUCGGGUGGGUUCCUGCCCCGUUUUUAUUUAAGAAAAUUCCUGUGAUGUAUUUAAGAAGGCCCUGUGCCAGGGAACACAUGGACAGUGAGAAAACGCCUUGGCAUUUAAAGCGUCCGUGCCCCGUGCCCCUGUCACGUGGAGGGUGGGCUGAGAAGGGGGCACCCCGACCCCAGGCCUGCAGCCAGGACUCCUGUGACGGCACAGCCAGCAUUGUUGCCCGAAGGAGGCCUUGUGCCUUGGGGCCGGCCCCCACUCUGUCUACCAAGGGCUCUGUAAGUUAGCACCCCUUGGGAUGAGGCCCCAAGCCCUCGCCAAAGCCCGUCCUCUCACCCCAUUUCGUCCGGUGCCCGGGUGUGCAAAGUCGCUGGGCAGAGACCCGGCCCUGGUGCACAGGGGGCAGGGGGGCUGCCAGAGUGGGGUGCAAGUCGCCGCGAUUGUCAAUUUCAGAAAAUAAAACGCGUGAAUGGAACCCAG